UGCGUAUCAAGCAUCCUACUCCGUCGGAGUAACUCCCCAAAUCCCUCCCGGUUCCCACCAAGCACCCAUAACCGCAGAGAAAGGCGGGAAAGUAAACCCUUGAAACAAUUUCGUUUUUUUCCCGGGUCGCUUUUUCCUUUUCUCUGAUUUUUUUUUUUUCCUCGCAAGCUAUCUGUCGUCAAUUCUAUUUUUUCUGGCGAAGAUCCGUCCGUUAAUACCGGAAUCAAUGGCAGACGGCGAAACCCUAGGUUUCCUCGACGAGAUCCAAUUUCUAGUCUACGACAAGCGUCAAGUGGUUACAUACAAGUGGCUUAGUCGCAACUUUUCAGUGUCAUCAAAUGAUGCCAAGAGGCUGCUUCAGGAGUUUGUUGAGAAGAAUGGAUGUGGACCAAAAACAGUAUAUACUUUGUCUGGACGCUUAAAAAACAACCCUCAAGUCUACCAUAUAAGACUUGUUUCAGGGCUUCGACUUGCAGAAGUCAAACAAGAGUUUGAGGAUAAUUUUUCAGUUCAGGUCUACAGUGUGCAAGAUAACAUUCCGAAGGAUCCUGCAGCGCUUUGGAGUGAUGAAUUUGUACAGGCGGAAGAGCUCUUCAAUCAGCCCCCAACUGCUGAGAAUUGCUUGAGGGACAACAGGUUCUGUGGGGUCUCAAAUACCUUUGUAAAGCGAAUUGCCAAUGGAGAACCUGGAGGUGUUGCUCCCCCGCAACCCAAUAUUGGGGGAAUAGCUGUUUCAUCCAAAGCUAAUGUUGUGCACGAAGUCCCAACUGCUCCACAGCCUCAACAAGGACGAGUGCAAGAACCAAGCCCAAAGCUUGGACUACAGCCCUCCACUGCAGUAACAAGAGACAACAAAAGUGGAAGCAAUGCCCCAGACGUUUGUGCUCAGGCUAGUAAAGAUAAAGAAAAAGUCACUACAGCUCCUGCUGAUAAAAAGAAAGGUCAGAAUGAUAGAAACUCUUCAGGAGCUGGAGGAUCUCUAGCUAACUUGUGGGGCCGUGCAUCUGCAAAGUCAAAACAUAGCCCUGCAGAAACCAGUGACGAUGUCCCAAAUCCUGUCAUUACUGCAGAUGCUCAAAUUUGCGCUCGUGAAGCACUGGAUAAUAUCAGUAGUGAUGAUGAUGGGCAAGCUAUUAACUGUAAGAGGGAGUCAAAUGGUGAAAGCAAUAGAAAGAGGAGGGUUGUUUUUGAUUACUCUGAUGAUGAGGAUGAUUGUGAAAAGGUGGUGAGUUUGGCCUCGCCAGAUCCUCCAAAAAGCCAGCCUAUUCUGGAGUCUAAAUGCAAUGUUAAGAAUAUGGUUCUGGAGAAAAAGGAAUUGAAUUUCGAGGAGAAGAAAGGAGAUAAACUGGAAAUCAAGCAAGAGAAAAGAACAGAGAUUGACUCUGGAUUGCGAUUGAAGGAAGAUUCUGAAGCUGCUAGCAAGAGUAAGAAUGGAGGGAUUUCUUUCUCAGAGAAGAUCCAAACCCAUGCUUCUGAGGGAAUAAAUGAUAAAAAGAAGGAUACAGAAACCAGUGCUGCUUCCACAUCACCCAAAAGGAGGAAAGUGCUCAAGACACGAAUUGAUGAGCGGGGGAGAGAAGUUACCGAGGUUGUUUGGGAGGGCGAGGCUACAGACAGCAGUAAUGCUGACAAGAAUGCAGUUGCUAACAGUGCUGAGAACAGGCCUCCUGCAGCUAAUAAAGCACCAGCGUCAGUGAACACUGCUCCAUCAAAUGCAGUGGCCAAAGCUGGAAACAAGAAAAUGGCCAAGGGUGGCGGGAAGGAUGCCAAGCAAGGCAACAUUCUAUCCUUCUUCAAGAAGGUCUGAAGAAUUUAAACAUGAGGAUAGCUGAGCAGAUGAGGCAGCCGUGAGUGUACUAGGAGCUGAGCAGAUGCAUUACAGCUGUUUUCUUUUCUGAAUUGAUUUAAUGAUCGAAUAUGAAACUACUGUCAAGAGCAUCUUGUAUGAAAAAAAAGGAUGUUGUAGAAAGGGUUUCUUUUCUGAUACACGAUUGUGUUUGGCUGUUCUGCUUGCCUUGUGGUUGAUGUAUUGGAUGAGCCAUGUUCGUGAGUCUGGUCUUUGUACAGCCAUAUUCAUUUCAGAACUUGUGUAGCAUUGGGUUAAUGAUGGAUGUGAAUCUUCAGACCAUUCAUGUCGCUAA